AUGACUUUUGAUAUAGCUAAAGUUGUGAGGCCAAAGAUUCUGAACUUGGAGCCAUAUCGCUGCGCUCGUGAUGAUUUCCAAGAAGGUAUCUUGUUAGAUGCCAAUGAGAACCCAUACGGACCUACCAUUCAGGAAUACAAUGUUGACUCUCUGUUGCAUCGUUACCCAGAUCCGCAUCAAUUGGAGUUUAAGAAACUCCUUUCUGAUUACCGUAACAAAACCUCUAUUUUCAAAGACCAGAACUUGAAGCCUUUGGAUGCUGACAACCUAUGUCUUGGAGUUGGAUCUGAUGAAAGCAUCGAUGCCCUUAUUAGAGCGUGCUGUGUGCCAGCAAAGGAAAAAAUCUUAAUUGCACCUGCUACGUAUGGAAUGUAUACCAUCUGUUCUCAGGUUAACGAUGUUGAAUACGUUACGGUACCAUUAUUGUUAUCUGAAGAAGACAAAUUCCAAAUCGAUGAGGAAAAGAUCUUAGAAACUUUGCAAAACGAUCCCUCAAUCAAGUUGGUGUUCAUUACUUCACCAGGUAAUCCAACUGGUACCUUUAUCGAUGUUAAUCGUAUUGAAAAGAUUCUAUCACAAUGGCAAACGGGUCUUGUUGUUGUAGAUGAAGCAUACAUCGAUUUUGUUGAGGGUUCUGAUAAGGGGUCCUUGGCACCGCUAGCAACAAAGUACGAAAAUAUUGCUGUUUUACAAACUCUUUCUAAGUCAUUUGGCCUAGCUGGAAUCAGACUAGGAGUUACGUAUACAUCUAAAGCUAUGUCAAGAGUCUUGAAUUCGAUGAAGGCUCCUUAUAAUAUUUCUUGCUCGACUGCAGAAGUUGCUUUGAAAGCAGUACAACCAAAAAACUUGAAAUUGAUGGAAGAGAAUGCUGCCACAGUUAAAAAGGAAAAAUUGAGAGUGUUGAAGGAGUUGACUUCUUCUCCAUAUGUUUCCCAAUUGGGUGGCCUAGACGCUAAUUUCAUCUUAUUAAACAUCAACAAUGGAGACAACGCUUUGACUAAGAAGCUAUAUGAAAGGCUUGCCGUUGAAUCAGCUGUUAUAACAAGAUAUAGAGGUAAUGAGCCUGGCUGCGCAGGUGGUUUAAGAAUCACCAUUGGUACUAAGCAAGAAAAUGAUGUUCUAAUUAAAGAGUUCAGGAAACAUCUUGCUUUAAUAAUGGCUUAA